CACCUCGCCAUGCCUACAGAAUUAGAAGAGCUGGUGGAGUUUCUCCACCAUGGAAACACGCAGAUCCGUCAGGUUGCUGCGGACCAUCUCGUCGGAUACUCACAGUCACACACUAGCCUAUUCAAACGCGACCAGUUGACGCCUAUCAAAGGCCUCAAGCUCCUUGUCAAGGACUAUGCGCCCAUAGCGAAGAAUGCCCUUACGAUCCUCAUCAACAUUUCCCACGAUAGCGAAGUCCUCAAGUCUCUCGCAAAGGACGAUGCUUUCCUGGAAACGCUAUUAUCACGGAUAACCAGCAAGAAAGAGCAAAAUGCAAACGAGAUGGCGAUGCUGCUAGCUAACAUGGCAAAAGACGAUUCGCUACAACGAGUCCUUGAACUAAGGCGCGACAUACCAAAGGAGUUGUCAACAUCAAAAUGGGCCAUUGACCAGCUGCUAGACUGCUUUGUCAAAGGCGCCGAAGGAAGCUACAACAAGCACGCCGAUUUCGACUACCUAUCCUACUUCUUCGCAGACCUUGCAAAAUUCCCACAAGGACGCACUUACCUCACCUCCCCGCAGCCCCACGACUCCAACAUCAUUCCCCUGACCAAACUCCAAGUCUUCACCUCCCAUGCCUCGCACAUCCGGCGCCUCGGUGUCGCCUCUGCGAUCAAAAACUCCGCUUUCCUCGUCUCAUCCCAUGAGAUCCUCCUCUCCAAUCUCUCCCUCGAUCCUGCUCUUCCACCACCCUCCAUCGGUGCAAAUCUGCUGCCUUACAUACUGCUCCCUCUCAUGGGUCCUGAAGAAUACUCCGAUGAAGACACCGACGGUAUGCUUGAUGAACUACAAUUGCUUGAGCCGGAUAAAGAGAGGGAGAAGGAUGCCGAGAUCAUGAAGACACAUUUGGAGACGUUGCUGUUGCUGAGUACAACCAAGGAAGGGCGAGAAGUGUUGAGAAAGGUCAAGGUGUAUCCGAUUGUGAGGGAGUGCCAUUUGCAUGUUGAGGAUGAGAGUGUCAGGGAGGCGUGUGAUAGGCUCGUGCAAGUUAUCAUGAGGAAAGAAGAAGGUGAAGAGGACGAUGUGCCUAAUGGGAGUGGAGGCGGGGGUAGGCUUGUGGAACUGAAAGAAGGCGAGGACGAUGAGGACGAGAGGAUUAUUGAUAUUUGCUGAGGAUUUAAAUCAUGCUAUCGCAGAACUCGGGCCAUAGCUACGGUAUGUCGGAUUUUUCAGCCCUCGCUGGAAUCAAAGAGGAAGCCAGGAGGAUCUAGUCUCGGUUGCAAACCUGAUCCUUCUCUUGUUCCGUUUUACCUAGGUGACAGCCCGCAGGUAUUCAAUAG